AUGAGCGCAUACACCCCAAACAAGGUCGAGACCGGCGUUGCAAAGUUCCUGCCCAUCCCAGCAUUUGGCGACCUCGCAAAAUCUGCCAACGACCUCAUUAACAAGGACUUCUAUCACACCAGCCAGGCUACACUCGAUGUCAAGCUCAAGGCACCCAACGGUACUAACCUUACCGUCAAGGGCAAGCAGGGCUUUGACGGCGUGACCAGCGGUUCGAUCGAGGGAAAGCACACCCUCAAGCCUCAAGGUGUGACCAUCACUCAGGCAUGGACCACUGCAUCUCUGCUCGACACCAAGGUCGAGCUUGCCGACGUGGCCGCACCCGGCGUCAAGGUUGAUCUCCAGAACCUCUUCAACCCAGCCAAGGAGGGCUCCGCCGUCCAGAAGCUCAACCUGGCCUUCAAGAACCCCAACAUCCACUCUCGCGCCUUCAUCAACUACGGCACUGCUAAGGGCAACAUCGAUGCGAUCGUCGACGUGACUGCUGGUCAUGAAGGCUUCCUCGUCGGCGGUGAGGCUGGCUACGAUGUCCAGAAGGCUGCCGUCACCAAGUACAGCCUGGGUCUCGGCUACCAGACCCCCAACUACACUGCUAGCAUCGUCGGCACCCAGAACCUGAGCAUCAUCGCCGCCAGCUACUACCAGCGUGUCAACGCCUCCGUUGAGGUCGGCACCAAGGCUGGAUACGAUGUCAAUGCCCAGAAGGCCAGCGGUCUCGAGCUCGCAUCCAAGUACAAGCUUGACCCUCUUUCGUUCGCCAAGGUCAAGAUCAACGACCRCGGUAUUGCUGCCCUUGCGUACAGCACCAAGCUCAACGCUGGCACCACCAUCGGUCUGGGUCUGUCCCUCGACACCAACAAGCUCAACGAGGCAGGCCACAAAAUCGGAACCUCGCUCACCUUCGAGGGUUAG